UCUUCAACUUGCACUCAUCCACUUCCCUAUAAGAACCUCUCAAUCUCUAUUCUCCCACCCAAAACUUCAAUCCUAAUUUGCUACUCUAUCCUCAAUUUCCUUUGAAAAAAACCAGCACUUUCUCCUUUUUUUUCCUAAGAAAAAGAAAAUUUACAUUUGACUCGUCAGAUCAUGGAACUCAUACCUGGUCUUCCCAAUGAUAUAGCCCUUCAGUGUUUAGUUCGUGUCCCUUACAACAAAUUCUCCAAUAUUUCAUCAACUUGUAAAGACUGGAAGGUCGAAAUUCAUUCGCCUCCGUUUUUCCGUCAACGAAAAGCCGCUGGGUGUACUAAACAUGUCAUGCUGAUGACCCAAAGCCGAGUCAACCCGAAUCAAAAUUCGGGUCUGAAAUGCCAUGCCAUGCCUGUUUAUCGGAUCGUGCUUUGCGAGCCUGACACCGGUGACUGGUGUGAGCUGCCACCGGUUCCUGGGAGUUCCGAUGUGUUGCCGAUGUUUUGUCAAGUUGUUGGAGUGGGGUUAAACCUUGUGGUGAUGGGCGGGUUGGAUCCAGGCACUUUUGAUGUCCGAAACGACGUCUAUGUUUACAAUUUUUUAUCGGCCACUUGGCGGCGUGGGGCUGACAUGCCGGGCGUAAGGAGGAUCUUCUUUGGAUGCGCAUCAGAUUCGGAUCGGAUGGUGUAUGUCGCCGGUGGACACGACGAGGAGAAAAACGCAUUGAGAUCAGCAAUGGCGUAUGAUGUGGCAGCCAACAAGUGGGUCACAUUGCCUGACAUGGAAAGAGAGCGUGACGAAUGCAAGGGGAUCUUCCACCUGGGAAAGUUCCAUGUCAUCGGCGGAUAUUGUACAGACAGGCAAGGCCGAUUCGGAAGCAGCGCCGAGCAUUUCGAGGUGGCCACAUGGAAGUGGAGCCCAGUGGAAGAGAACUUCUUAAGACAGGGCAUGUCUCCCAGAACUUGCGUGGCAACUGAUGGAACAUUAUACAUGUGUAGAGGGGGUGAUGUGGCAAGACUCGAAGCUGGUACAUGGAAAGCAGUAGCUGAGCUGCCAGCUGAAGUAUACAAUACAGCUCAUAUAGCCGCAUGGGAAGACAAACUGUUGGUGAUUGGUUCACAAGGCUUCGGUCAGCCCCACACCGCUUAUGUGUUAAAUUUGAGAAAUUACACGUGGACAGGAAUGGACGUGGGAGAUGAAUACUCGGGUCAUGUUCAAUCCGGUUGCUAUUUAGAGUUGUAAAUGAAGUGUAAAAUAGUUGGGUUGCUUGUUUUUCCAACGGGGUCAUUGACCGUAUUGUACAUACAUAUGAAACACUAGAGCUUUUUUUAAUUUGUCCUUUCCCCUUUCCCAAGUGUCAAUUUCAUUGUAAAUGGGAGUUUUGAUGGGUCAAGUGUGGGUAAAUAGGAUAAGGUGAUGAAUAUGAAAGUCAUUUUCCCAUCA